AUAAAAUGAAUUCUAUAGGUCCGGAAUAGGAUAAGCCAAUUUUAAGAAUGUUUUUGGCAGGGAUUGCAUCAAUAGCUGCAGGUGGAUCAACUCAUCCGGUUGACACAGUUAAAGUGAGAUUGUAAAAGGAAGGUGAAGGAAAAUCUGUAGUUAAAAAGUAUAGGAAUAUCCUUAGAGGAUCAUACGUAAUAUACAAAGAAGAAGGAUUGCGUGCUUUAUAUAAAGGGUUAUCAGCAUCAUUAGGUAGAGAAGCAACUUAUUCUACAUUGAGACUUGGAUUGUAUGAACCAUUCAAACACAUGAUAUCAAAUGAUGGAGAAAAGACAUCCUUGGGUGUGAAAUUUUUUGCUGGUUUGAUGUCUGGAUCGACAGGAGCUAUUGUUGCCAAUCCAUGUGAUGUGUAAUAAUUAUUAAUAAUUUAUAAAAGUUUAAAAAUUAGAUUGCAAUCUAUUUCUGGCCAUCAUCAAUCAUUAUUUGCUGAAAUUACAUAAAUAAUACAUCAUGAAGGAAUUCUAGGCUUGUAUAAAGGAACUAUGCCAAAUUUAUUAAGGGGGGCUAUUCUGACUGGUACAAAAAUGGCUACAUAUGAUUAAACUAAAUAAUGGUUAAAAGAGCAUUUUGAAUUUAAAGAGGGAUUCAGUCUCUAAUUUGUAUGUUCAUUUGCAACAGGUAUAUAAACCUUGUGAAUUAGGAUUGAUGCUCUCAAUUACUACAGCACCUAUGGAUCUAAUCAAAACUAGAAUAAUGUCAUAAGAUGCAGGACAUAAAGUUUAUAAUGGAUUAAUGGAUUGUGCAGUUAAAACAUUUAAAUAAGAAGGUUUAGGGGCAUUUUAUAAAGGAUUCUUUCCUUAAUGGAUUAGAUUUGGACCAUUUAAUAUAAUUUAACUCAUAGUUUGGGAAUAAUUACGUACAUUUUGUGGAAUUAAAAAUAUAUGAUUGUUUUUAUUUAU